UAAUUAAUUUAAGUACAUAUACAUUGUCAUAGAUCAUUAUUAUACUUGCUUCGAGUAUUUUUUUUUACGUGUAUACAGUAUUUCUCUAGUUGAUUCAUUUCCAAGGCAUCUCCAUGAGUUUUCAAUUACCAAAAUUAUGGCGUCCUAUUAUCCCUCCGAGAUUAUCCCUUCAAUUACAUAGCUCUCUGAGAAUUUCCUCCAUAAUUAGUAAAUUUUUAAAAACUUGUAAAUUUUUCAAAUAAAGAUAUUCGAAAUUAAGGGCUGCCAGAGGAGUUCACCCAAGAUCAUCAAGAGGUUCUGCGUAUAAUCCUCAAGAACAAAAUCAUCAUGAUAAUUAAAAACCAAUGAACAUAAUCCGUAGGCGAAACAUAAAUGAUAAUAAUAUUCACUGAAAAAACGCUCCUUCAUUUGUUUGCAAUGGACUUAUCGGUAAAUAUCCGAUAAUUUCGAAGCUCUCGUGGUAUUAAGUGAAAAAAAAACUGUGGCCGUUUUGUAACUUCCCGCCUUUCACCAUUCUCCUGCCAUUUUGUUAUUUUCCCCCACUUUUUCUCCCGUGUCUUCCGUGUCAUCCAUCUGAACCUCAAAACUACUGCCAAACAACAAUGAUUUGUCAAUCCUAAGCCAAAAUUAAUAGAAAUUAAAGUCAGUACCAACUCAGUGGGUUCUCAGACUCGUUCCAGUGUUCUUCACACUCAUUAGAUGGCAAGAUAACACCGCAACCGUGAAAAAUGUGUGAGAACAUGAACAACAAUCCCUUCGCCGGUCUCUUUUCAACUUCCACCGAAGAAGAUUCUCUCUCCCAAUCCCAAAAUCUUGAGAGUCCCCCAAAUGGCCUAGACCCACCUCCAAGCACCUCAGAUCCCUCGUCCCCCCUCGAUGAGCACAUCCAAUCUAUCUUCGGCCUUUUAUUGAACAAGAGAACCCCAAAACCUGGCCUCCAACUCAUCUCAAUCGACGCAGAAACGAUAGAAGAUGGACUUUUCGAACGCCUCACCUUCCCUGAUCUUGACUCAAAGCUGGUGCCCCCCUUGGGCACCAAAGGUGUCACACUAGAUCCUCACUGGAUCCAACGAGAGAUCAUUUAUUAUCUGUUCGAGUGCUGGAAGCGACUCCAGGCACUUAAAAGUCAAGAUAACGACGGUACGAUAAUCAGUGAUGUGAUUCAUCUGGAGAACGUCGUCCUGAGAUCUGUGGGAACUGCCCUCGAGGAUGCAGAUAUUUAUCAAGAACAGGACAUCCAUAGGCAGUAUCUGGAGCUGUUCAUGUAUUUGUCUGAAGCUUCAGAUUCAUUGAGACUAGUAACUACUUUCACUGAAAAUGUCGUUACGAUGAUUGUCAACGAAGAGAAUAAUGAUGAGAUUCUUCUCGGAGCUUUCGGACCGAUAUUGAAUAUUAUUCAUAAAGAGGCAGCUGACUCUAAUCUUCUGGUGUUCAGACAGUGUUGGUUCAACGUUCUCCAAAUAUUUUCAAGCUUUGAACCUCUCGCUAAAUUACUCAUUCGUAUUUGCACACCAACCUACUCUGAUCACGGCUCUGCCUUCUCUGACACAGUCUUGGGUGCCCUAUUAUCUUUGAGCUGCUUAUCAAAGAGCUAUGGUGGUCCCUAUGACUUCUUCAAUAAACCAGUGGUCCAAGAGCCUGGCCUUCAAAAGAACAUCUGGACUGCCCUGGAUGCUCUCAGUGAAAAUCUUCAGAAAAUUUUUUAUUCGUUACUGAAGUGUUCCCCGGAGACGAGACACAUGACUCUCAGGUGGAUUGCUCAAUGUCUCAAGGCAAAUUCAGCACGGGGAAAAAUUUGGAAUACGCAAGGCAGCGUUGGAGGAGUUCUCACUGUUUCUGAUGGCUUCAUGAUGAAUUUGGGAAAUGUUUUACUGAAACUCUGUGAGCCAUUUUGUGGAAAAUACACCGACCCAAAGAUCCUGAAGAUUGACCCAACCUACUGUGCAGCUGAGCCCCUGAACGAAGAAGAUUCAAAAGUACGUGGAGUCCACAUGGAAGAAAUGAGCAAAGAGACCUGCCUGAUCCCAACUUCAGAAAACGAAUCAAGACCAGUGGCCGAAACCUUCAGCUUCGUAACCGAGUGUUUCUUCCUCACUCAUCGUGCCCUGGAUCUGGGAUACAGAGUAGUUCUCGAUAAAUUCAUGAAGACAAACCAGGAUCUCAACAGAAUUCAACAAGUCUACACUGACGCUCAAUCCGGGGGCUCAUCAGAGGUCCUUGAUGUUAUAACUCAACGAAUGGAGAUGGAGAUGACAAAGUAUAUGUCUUUGAGAACUAGUCUGCUUGAUCCAGAGAUGCUUGGACUCCUCACAAAGUUCCAUGCAGCUACUGCUCACUGGCUAAUGCAGGUCAACAUCAAUCCGAUCAGCGAUGGUCAUCAGGGCUCAUUUGCACCGGUGAAAUCCCUGAAAAUCACAUUCCCACUCCCGGAGACUGUUCCAGACACUUUGAAAUGUAUUCCUGAGUUCGUGGUGGAGAAUACGGUAGGAUUUGUUUGCUUCCUGAAAAGGUUAAAUCCGAAUACCUUUGAAGAGUACGGGGACAACUUCCUCGACCCCAUAUUGACAGAAAUCGUGGGGCUCAUGGAGUCACCGAAGAGGCUCUAUAAUCCUCACCUGAGAGCUCAUUUGGCUGAGGGUCUCGAGGCGCUUUUGCCGACUCAGCAGGAUGGAAAUAAUCAUCUGCAAACGAGACUUGGCACAUUCCAUAGGCAGCAGCUAUUUGUUAAACAUCCUCAUAGAAAAGAAAUUGUUGGGAAUCUGCUGCAGGUUUUUGUUAGUAUAGAAAUGACAGGACAGAGUGUCCAAUUUGAACAGAAGUUUAAUUAUCGUAGACCAAUGUACAUUGUGAUGGAUUAUUUAUGGAAAAUCGAGGAGCACAGAGAGAAUUUCAUGAAAUUGGCGGUGGAAGCUGAGGCUAACAUGGAGGCAGUUCAGCCCCCACUGUUUCUAAGAUUUAUUAAUUUAUUGAUGAACGAUGCUGUGUUUCUAUUGGAUGAGGCACUAACUAAUAUGGCACAGCUGAAGACUAUGUUGAGUGCGAGAGAGAAUGGGGAGUGGGCUAAAUUGCCACAGCAUGAGAGGGAUCAACAAAUUGGAUAUCUUCAGCACAUCGGCACCAUUGCACGAUUUGAUAAUAUUUUGGGGAGGGAAACCAUUGCUACUCUGAAAAUCCUCACUUCUGAGAUCAAGUCCAUCUUCUGUCAUAGUACUAUGGUGGACCGAAUCGCAUCUAUGUUGAAUUAUUUAUUGCUGCAGCUGGUGGGACCCAAUAAGAGGAAUUUGAAGGUGAAAGACCAGAAGGAAUACGAGUUCAACCCAGCAAGUUUAGUGCUGAAUAUUUGUGAAAUUUACAUAAAUUUGGGGGAAAAUGAGAAUUUUACACUGGCUGUUUCCCAGGAUGGGAGAUCCUAUCGAGCUUAUUUAUUCAAAUUGGCUAAUAGCGUAUUGGUUAGAAUUGGUGGCGUAGGCAUUCUCGGUGAUCUCGAGAUGUUUUCAAAACGCGUGGGAGCGGCAGCCCACAUAAAACGAGAAGAAGAAGAAAUAUUGAAUGACGCACCCGAGGAAUUUUUAGAUCCAAUUAUGUCUACUCUAAUGACAGAUCCCGUGAUUCUCCCUUCUUCAAAAAUAUCAGUGGAUCGUCAAACAAUAGCGAGACACUUGUUGAGUGAUCAAACUGAUCCGUUUAAUCGUUCACCUCUGACAAUGGACCUUGUGAAAUCAGACACAGACCUCAAAAAUAAAAUACAGGAGUGGAUUGCAUCGAAAAAACAGUCAAGAUCGACGUAAGCUUCUUUCUAAUGUACAAAGACGACUAGUAAAUGCAGUAAGAAAUUUUCAAAAAGGAGAA